GCAUCUGCUUCUUCUGUACCAUGGUUGAACACUCGAACUGCAACAGAAGAAGCAGAGAAAGCUAGGGCACAAAACGCAGGCAUGGCCUCGGCUUCCUCCAUUCGAAAUGCCGUUUAUCCCCAAAAUUCAACGGCAGUCCGAUUACAGACGCUUCCCCUCCUCCACUCCCAUCGUCAUCGACAAUGGCGCCUCCUAUUUCCGCAUCGGGUGGGCAGGAGAGACCGAGCCUCGUGUUAUUUUCCGCAACAUUGUUCAGAGACCUCGCCACAAAGCCACUGGUACGGUUGAUUUUCUCACUGUUAUGUAUUUUUGGGAGCUUAAUUUGCAAGAUUCAGGAAGCUUUUCCGUGUACAAUUUUGUAUUAUUAUCGAAGGUAGUAACUUAAAAAAAAAAAAUCAAAAAAUUAAAAAAACUGUAUUCCGGGGAAACUGCGGCCAUUGUUGAAAUACUUUGAUUGCAAGCGGUCGGGACCUCGCUCAGCUUUUGACAACAAUGUUGUUCUCCGGUUUGAAAUUAUGGAAUAUGUAAGUUCAGUUUACUGCUGAUUGUAUUCUAUAUUGGUAGCCUCACUCAAUUCGUAUUUAGCUUGCCUACCUCCUUGAAAUGAAAAGUUUACAUGAUUUUAGUAUAUACCAUGUAUAAAAUAUAGAACGCAGCAACAUUUACGGGCUUUCUUGCAGUAAUCUUAGAAUUGUAGGCUUACUUAUAUUCUUUUGCGUCUGUAAAUUCUUGACUUUGCCCUUGAUCGGUUGGGUGCAAAUGGAUCAUGGGUAUGAUUUAAAAUGGACCAUUUGUUUCUUCGUUUUACUAUACUUGCUGAAGCUCUAGAUUUUGAUUAUGAAGGUUCUCUUUGUUAAAAGCAGAUUUCUUUUCUACCAUGAUUUUGUCUAUCUUGAAGCCAGUUCUUUUUAACGAUAGAUUGCCAAUAUCAGCUUGCAUGAAUGAUAUGCAAGAGUGUGUUCUUGUUUUUCUAGAUUGUUACAAGCAUAUUUAAAUUUAAUGCUUUUUUAUUUUUUUUAUGCAAGGUUUCAGAUCAGUUUGUAUAUUCAAUUCAUAAGACCUUUUCCUUAAGUUUGUGUUCAUUUGAGGGCAGAACAGAUUGAUCAUCCGAUCCUGAUUACUGAAUGCGUGUGCAACCCAGUUCACUCUUGCAGUAAAAUGGCUGAACUUUUGUUUGAGACAUAUGGAGUUCCAUCUAUAGAUAUCAACGCAUAUGGUGUUGAUGCUGCAUUCAGCUACAAGUAUAAUCUCUGCAUGGGGUUUGUGACAAAAAUGGUCUUGCUAUCUGUCCUGGCUUUAGGAGAAGACAGAACCUGUAGGAAGCGAAAGGUUUCCUCUUUUAAAUGUACCUGAUAACAUGCUCACCUGAGCAGCUGAAGGAGAAAAAGAGACAGCUGUUCCUAAAAACCACAUCUGAAGGCCGGUAGCGAGCUAAACAGAAAGGUCAUGAAGAAGAACUAGAGCGGGAAAAGAAAAAUCAACAAGAUGAGCAAAAACAAUUAGAAAACCCAGAACUUUAUCUGGAGCAGUUGCAUGCUAAAUAUAAAGAUCUUUCUGAGAAAGUUGAACAGAAAAAACGACUUAAGACAAAUGGCGGGGCUCAUACAAAUGGGAAUAAUUUUUCUGGAAAUGUUGGCCGUGGGGAGAGAUUAAAUGCUGCAGAAAGGGAAAGGAUGCGCCUUUUGACAACAGCAGCUUUUGAUCACGGCAAGGGUGAGGAUACUUUCGGUGCCAAAGAUGAAGAUUGGCAACUGUACAAACUCAUGAGCAAAGAUAACAAUGAUGAUGACGAGGGACCAGAUGUGGAUGAAGCAGAGCUAGCACGUCUAUCUUCGAGGCUCAAGGAAGUAGACCCAACAUUUGUUCCCAAACCAGAUAAUGCAAACCCUCAAUCUGUUGAAGCACCACGGUUUCGUCCUCUCACCCAGGAAGAUUUUCAAAUUGUUUUCGGCAUUGAAAGGUUCAGAUGCCCAGAGAUCUUAUUUCAUCCCAACUGGAUUGGGAUCGACCAGGCAGGCUUAGAUGAUAUGACUGAGGUGUCACUGAGGAGGCUGCCAACUAAGUUCCAAGAGCUGGAGGAGGGGCUAACCAGUUCAAUAUUUAUGACUGUUGGGAGUAUUUUUCCUGGCAUGAGCGAGCGCUUGGAGGCUGGAAUCCGGAUGAAGCUGCUGUGUGGUUCUCCCAUAAGGAUAGCCAAGGCAUUGGAUCCGAUAUUAGAUGCAUGGCGCGGGGCUUCCGCUUACGCUGCCGAGUCCCAUUUCCCGACACAAACUUUCAGCAAGGAAGAGUAUUAUGAGUAGGGUGAAGACUGUGUCCGGAGAUACCAGUUUCGGUAUUAUACAUUGUAGUUGUUUUGUUUUGGUCACCCUUCCUACUGUAUGUCCAUUGAAUGGCACUAAACUCAGCUUCUUCCAUAACACACUGAUAUUGUAUGGCAUUAUUGAUGUUGUUAAACCUAGAUGCAUACAACAUGUUAAUAUCGUCGAUGAAAUAGCCUCAUUCCUCUC